AUGUUUCGAGUACGUGAUUUCCUCAUGUUUGUGGCCAUGGCUUUGCUAAUAAUGGUCCAAAUCAACGUUCAAGUAGAUUGUGCGCCAGCUUAUACCAAACCAGGUUGCCAAACGUGUCCUCCGUGUGGUACUGUUGCAAAACGAGUC